GACCGGUCCCUAGAUCCGUGUUCGCUCCGCUCCCGGCCACCACCGCUUCUUCCCGAGCUCCCGUCCCUGCAGGGCCGCGGCUCCCGGUGCUGGUGCCGGGGGGGAAGGUUUGGGGGAGCGAUGACAGAAGUGAGGAGGGAGGUGUUCGGGCACAUGCCCCAGGAGGAAGGAGGAGGAGAGGUGGAAAAAUUCACGUUAAAGUCAGGCAGCGUGAAGGUGGAGAUCCUGUCCUUAGGGUGCAUAAUCGCCGCUCUGGAGACAAGGGGCAGGGAUGGGGUGUUUUCGGAUGUUGUCCUGGGCUUUGACACUUUGGAAGGCUACACGAGGAAGCACCCCUUCUUCGGUGCCGUCGUGGGGCGCGUUGCCAACAGGAUUGCGAAGGGGAGAUUCACGUUGGACGGGAAGGACUAUCAGCUCUUCCUCAACAAUGGGCCCAACAGCCUGCACGGAGGAGCCAGGGGAUUUGACAAGGUUCUCUGGAGCCCCCAGGUCCUCCCGAAUGGCGUCUGCUUCUUCCGGCUCAGCCCCGAUGGAGAGGAAGGCUACCCUGGCGACCUGCAAGUCUGGGUGACCUACACGCUCACUGGUGAGGAGCUGGCCAUCAACUAUCGAGCCCAGACCAGCAAGACAACACCCAUCAACCUGACAAACCACGCGUACUUCAACCUGGCAGGACAGGGUUCACAGGAUAUCUAUGACCAUGAGGUCUCUAUUGAAGCAGAUUCCUACCUGCCUGUGGACAACACCAAGAUCCCCACUGGGGAGGUGGCUGCCGUGCAGGGCACUGGCUUUGAUCUCCGGCAGCCCGUGGAGCUGGGGAAGCACUUGCAGAAGUUUGGCCUGGACGGCUUUGACCACAACUUCUGCCUGCAGCAGGAGCAGGCUCGACGCCUCGUGGCUAGGGCUCGCCACCCACCCACCGGCAGGGCCAUGGAGGUUCACACCACCCAGCCUGGCAUCCAGUUUUACACCGGGAACAACCUGGAUGGCUCCCUGAAGGGCAAAGGCGGUGUUGUGUACCCGAAGCACUCGGCUUUCUGCCUGGAAACCCAGAACUGGCCUGAUGCUGUCAACAAGUCUCACUUCCCCAACACGCUGCUCCACCCGGGUGAGGAAUACAACCAUACUACAUGGCUCGUGUUCAACACUGCAUAAGGAAAGGGAAUGGUGACUCCUACCACCGAGAGGGGACUUGCACUUCUUUGAGGGCUUCCUGAUGGUGAACGACUGAAAGGAAAAGAAUCCACAGUUAACAUUUCAGUAGUCAUUUUGGAUACACAAAUACAAGAAAAAGCAACAGGAGAAUACUCAGCCUACUCCACACCCUUUAAGCACUGUUAUUAUAAAAUACAAAAAAUCACUACCGACAAAGAUAAUGGGUUGACAAUUUAAUGUUAGAGAUAAUACCUUUUUCAACUUUCAUAUUUUUGCAUUUCUCUACUGUUACUUUUAUAAUACAAUUAAAUUGUGAUCAAGUGACCUUCACGGAGGCAGGAUAUUUCUUCACUGUUCCGAUACAGCAACUUGUCAAAACUUAUUAUCAUGAUCACUCAACAUUGAGCAUUUAUUCAAGUCCUUUGUGAUUGUGAUCCCAAACCAAACCCGAAACUUGCAGGGCAGAAAGAUCACCAAGGCAAGGGACACGCUGUGGCAGGUCUACUACUAUUUACUAGAAUGUAUCUCCUCCCCACAAAUCCUGAACACUGAAGCUGUAAAAAUGGCAAAUUAAAGAAUUCAGACUAGGAGAAAAGCUGCUGAUUCUGUCACUACACCUAUCUGCAUACACACAGAGAGAUAAUUAUUUGCCAAUUUUUUUGGGGGAAAAUUAAUCUCAAGUAACAACAGUAAAACUAACAGGCUCCAUGUUAUCUUCCACUCCUGACUGGUAUGCAGGUUACUCCACUCUCUCUUCCCCAAUUUCACUGUAGCUUUUAAUGAGGCUCAAAACUAAUCCCUACAUUUAUUCUGUGCUUUAAGCUCAGCAGUUGAAAGUCUCUAUGCAAUAAAGCUGUUGGUGAACUGAACAUAGGAGCAGACAAAGACAAGAUGUAACGCUGCUAUGUAACCAGUAUCCCAAAGAAUUAUUACCACACAUAUAUUUACCAUAUAUAAAACCACAAUCACAACAUUAUUUCUGUUGAAGAGAUCUUGGCAAAAUACCUUUCCAGUAUUUUCCUACAAGCAGCAGUCAAACUCCUCAGCAGAGAUCACUGCAGAUACUAAACUGCCAGCUCUACGUGGUCUAUGUUAUUAGUAGGGAGAUCAACGUACCUUCUCUUUGGAGAUGGUGAUCGGGACUUUGACCGACUGUCAAAACAGAAUAUCAUCAAUGCAGCUUAAAAGUCAAACUGAACUUUUAUAUUAAAAAACUAAUAAAUAAGCAUCUUAAACAGCAAUGGAAUCACUACAGGAAACUGGCCAGAAGCUUUUUAAAAUAUUAAAGUUUUCAAAUCAA